AUGUUCUUCUUCUCAACACAAUCGAGAGCUGGGAAAUUCCAACCGUGCCGUUCCAUCACUCUUCGACAUGGUCAUCCUCUCUUCCUCCUCUGUAUCUCUUCCAUCUUGUUUGUUCAAUUUUUCAUGUUCACAUCAUUUUCACUCGCCAUCGAUGACACUUUUCAACACAUUUUCCUUUCUGACGACACUCCACAAGUCCGAGAGGUGACUGGUGUUCACAAAAAACCACAACCAAAUUCCAUACGCACUCAUCCUUCUCCUCUCACAAGUGUUAUUUAUUCUCUUUCAUCCAAUUAUUCAGUGAUGGAUGAUUUAGAUUUUACAUUUCAUCUUCCAAUUUGUCCUACAACACUUUAUAUCAAUCCAAAUACUGGAAAAUUUGAUUUACUCGUUCAAGCUCCUUCCACCUUUUCCAUGUAUAUUGUCAUUGCAGUCAUGUCAUUGUUGUUUGCAAGUAUUGUCUUUUCAUCCUAUAAUUCUGUAUUUUUACCACAUGUGAAAAAACGAAUUCGAACCAGUUCAAUUUCUAAUACGUUGUGGAUUGUUUACUUUUUAUUGGUUGCAUUGAGAGCAGUUCUAAAUGCAGUGCAUUUUGGAAAACCAACUGAAUUGAAACGAGAUAAUCGAUUUUUAUAUGGAAUGACGAUAUGUGGCAUGUUGAUGCAUUCCUUGUCGGCAUUGUUUUUGACCUUGUCUCUCAAUUAUCAAAGAAAACAUCGAUCUGGAUUUGCUCUCAAAGACAAGUCGUAUAGAGCCAUGCUUCAUUUACAAAUUGCAGAAGAACGAGAAGAAGAACGAAUGAAAUCAACAUUUCAGAGAAAUACGACGUUUAUUCGAAAAUAUGGAGCUUCCAUUUUUUGGACCAUCUUUUCAUUUGAAGCAUUUGCAACGUUGUGUUUUGUGUUUUCAGUGAUUGCCAUUCUCUUGAGAGCUCUUCAUUCAAAUAAUUUACAAAAUGUGGAAAUUUACAAAUGGCUUCAAUUUUCAGCAAUAUUAUUUCAACGCGUUCCAAUUGCCAUCAUUUCGAUUUUAAUUAUUUUCAAUGGACUUUUCACAAAACUCUUCAAAAAGAAGAAUAGAAUGAGUACUCCAUAUUCCACAUUGACUACAUCUUCAGAAUUAACAUCAACCAAUCACACCAAUGGAGGACCCACUAUUUUAACACGUCUCUUAAUCUUGAUGGCUCUUUUAUUGAACAUUCCCAAUGACAUUCCACUCUCUUAUUGGAAUUAUUUUAUUUAUGGAUCGAGUUUGGAGAAUUUUCCAAGAUGUCUCUUUCAUUUUGCGAGUAUUUUUGAUUGCAUCUUGUUACUCUUCUUUUUCUCACUCGUGUUGUGGCUUUUUGUCAUGAUUAUUGAAUUUAGAAGAUAUCGAAAGGAAACUGUAGAAGCUGCUUUAUCGGAUACUGUAGAGAAUUUUGAAUAG